AUGGAAGAUUAUUCACAAAACUCAAAAUGGAAGUAUCAUGUUUUCUUGAGUUUUAGGGGAGAAGACACGCGCUUAGGCUUCACCGAUCACCUAUAUGCAGCUUUGGUGCGCAAGAGUAUAAUAACUUUCAGAGAUGAUGAAGAACUUGCAAGAGGUGAAGUAAUCUCACAGAAGCUACUCCAUGCCAUUGAAGAAUCUCUCUCAGCAGUUGUCAUUAUCUCCAAAAAUUAUGCUAAUUCAGCUUGGUGUUUGGAUGAGUUAGUCAAGAUUCUCGAAUCUAAACGUUUGUCAGGACAACAAGUGUUCCCUAUUUUCUAUGGUGUGGAUCCCUCUGAUGUAAGGAAUCAAAAGGGAAGUUUUUACGAGGCUUUUAGGAAACAUGAAGAAAAUUUUUCCGAAAGCAAAGAGAAGGUGCAAAAAUGGAGAGAUGCAUUGAGAGAGGUCGCCAACUUGUCAGGCUGGGAUUCUAAGGAUCAACAUGAAACGAAACUCAUUGAAGAAGUUGUUGCACAAGUAUGGAAAAAACUGGAACUCAAAUUCCCAUCCUAUAACGAUGGACUGGUUGCAAUUGAUGCAAGAUUGAAAGAGUUAUAUUCAACUCUGAAGCUAGGAUUGGAGGAUGUUCGUUUCCUAGGGAUAUGGGGUAUGGGUGGGAUAGGCAAAACGACUCUUACUACAGCUCUUUACAAAAAAAUCAAAGGCCAGUUUGAUGUAAGUUGCUUCAUUGCUAAUGUUAGGGAGGUCUCAGGGGAAAGAAACGAAGGUCUGCUACAGUUGCAAAUUAAAAUUCUUUCUCAUCUGAACAUAAAAGGAAUGGUAAUUGAAACAUUAAGCCAAGGAAAGGACAGCUUAAGAAACCUUUUAUCCAACAAAAAGGUUCUUAUUGUCCUUGAUGAUGUAAGUUCUAAAGGCCAACUUGAGAAUUUGGCUGGAAGUCAGGAAUGGUUUGGUCGAGGGAGUAGAAUUAUAGUUACGACUAGGGAUAAGCACCUCUUGAUAUCGCAUGUUGUAUUGUUUGAAAUGUAUGAGAGUAAAGUCUUAAAUAAAAGUGAAUCCCUUCAACUUUUUUGUGAAAAAGCUUUUAAAGAAGAUGCACCAAAAGAGGGUUGUAUGGAGUUGUCUAAAAGUGUUGUCGAAUAUGCUCGGGGCCUUCCUUUGGCUCUUGAAGUGUUGGGUUCUUUUCUUUGUGGAAGAAGUAUAUCUGAUUGGAAAGAUGCUUUAAUCAAGAUUAAACAAGUUCCACAUGAUGAUAUCCUAAACAAGCUUAGAAUAAGCUAUGACAUGUUACAAGAUGAACACAAGACCAUAUUUCUAGAUAUUGCCUGCUUUUUUAAGGGAUGGUACAAACAUAAAGUGAUAAAAAUAUUAGAAAACUGUGGGCUUCAUCCAACAGUUGGUAUAAAUGUUCUCAUAGAAAAAUCAUUAGUAACUUUCGAUGGAAGAGUUAUCUGGAUGCAUGAUAUGCUUGAAGAAAUGGGCAAAAGCAUUGUUUUUCAAGAAUCCCCUAAUGAUCCGGGUAGAAGAAGUAGACUGUGGUCUCUAGAGGAUAUUGAUCAAGUGCUGAGAAAAAAUAAGGGAACUGAAAUUGUGCAAGGUAUAGUUUUGAAACCAUCGCCAUCUCCGCUGUAUAAAGUACAUUGGGACCCUGAGGCAUUCUCAAAGAUGGGUAAUCUUAGGUUACUCAUUAUAUUAUGUGAUCUGCAUCUUUCCCUUGGUUUGAAAUAUCUUUCUAGCUCACUAAAAGUGCUUAUAUGGUGGGGAUAUCCAUUGAAUGCUCUUCCACUUGGAGUUCAACUAGAUGAGCUUGUACAUUUACAAAUGAUCAACAGCAAAGUUAAACAUUUGUGGAGUGAAAAUGAGUAUUUUGGAAAGCUGAAAGUAAUUGAUUUGAGUAACUCCAAAGAUUUACGUCAAACUCCAAAUAUCUCUGGAAUUCCAAAUCUCGAAGAGUUGUAUCUUAAUGAUUGUCCAAAACUUGUUGAAGUACACCAAUCUAUCAGACGACACAGAAAACUCAUGAUAUUGAGCUUGAUGGGAUGCGUAGAUCUGAAAACCUUUCCAGAUAAAUUGGAAAUGUUUUCGUUGAAAAUGCUAUUUCUUUCUGAUUGCUCAAAAAUUAAAAAACUUCCUGAUUUUGGGAAAAAUAUGACACGCAUUACGGAACUUAUCAUAACGAAUUGCGAGAAUCUUCUAUGCCUUCCAAACAGCAUCAGUAACCUGAAAACUCUCAGAAUUCUCAACAUAUCAAGAUGUUCAAAAAUUCGUACCCUGCCAGAUGGUAUAAAUCAAAACAAGGCUUUGGUGGACAUUGACUUGAGCAGAACCGCUAUUAGAGAAUUGGAUCCAUCCCUACUUCAGUUAGAAAAUAUUAAAAGAUUAUCUUUAAGUGGAUGUAGCGGACCAGCAUCCAACUCCAGCUGGGAGUUUCAGCUGCCUUUUGGCAAAAAGUUCAGGUUUUUCCCAGCUCACACAACGGGCUUAACAUUGCCCCGUUUUGUAUCAGGCCUUUCCUCAUUAACUGUAUUGGAUUUAAGCCAUUGUAAUCUCACCGACGAUUCAAUUCCUCAUGAUAUUGAUUGCUUAUCAUCAUUAGAGAAUCUGAUUCUAAGUGGAAACAAUUUUGUACGCCUACCUUCUCACUAUCUUGCUAAUCUUUCAAAGCUUCGAUAUCUUGAAUUGGAAGAUUGCCCGCAGCUCCAAUCUUUACCAGUGCUUCCACCUCAUGUACGCUUGUAUGGAGCAGAUUCAGAUGUAAGGGAAGCUAAUGCAUUAGAUCCACAAAAGAUAUGGAAGCUGUUUGAAUCAAGUGACAAAGAACUCUUACAGUCAUAUGCGCCUCAAAUGUUUGACUUCAGUUAUCCUAUGUACUUCAAAAUCCCAUCAAGAUUUGAUAAUCAGAAUUUUUUUCCAUUGAGCUCGUCAUAUGUAUCAAAACACGAUUCAUUUGCAUCGGUAAGAGUGGACAUCCCUGCUGAUUGUCUUUCAAGUGACUGGUGGGGGGUGGCUGUACUUGUGGCCUUAGAAGCUGAAGCUCCUCGGGAUUCAGAGGAAGGAGCUAAAAGUUUUUUUAUGAGAUUUAUGCGCUUGUGUUGGAAAUUUGAUACUCUUGGACCUGAAGACAGCCCUUCCUUAUCACUGUCUGCAGGUUCAACAGCAUAUAGUAAUCUUUACCUCGUCACUAUGGUAGUGAGUGGUGAUUUUAUAUACAUACAGAGACACCGAAGGGAGGACCGAAGAUGGUUAAUGCAGGAAGAGUUUAGCAAACAUAGAAAGCCAGAGUUCAGGGAAAACAGUUCGUUGCGCUUUGAAGUGGAAGUAGGAGGAUGGAAGAUAAGGAAGUGUGGGUGGCAUAUGUUGUGCAAGGAAGAUCAUCUUGAAGAUUUGCAAAUGCUAAACAGCCGUGGACUUGUUGUAGGACCUUCAGAUUCCGGGCAUUCAGCUGGUAUGAAUGAAUCAUCUGUGGAUGAAUCCAAGGGGAAGGAUACUACUGUUUUGGAUGUGAAGAACAUAGAAAGGUCCAACAAGAACUUCUCUUUGGGGAAAAUGUUUCACAUCAUUAAACAAGGACUUGGUUUAAGUGUGCUAGCUUUGAUAUCAAUGACGGUUGGGGCUACAAUAUUAUGUUCGCCUAUUCAAGGUUUGCGCUUAAACAAGUCAACCACAACAAUCAAGACCAUGUCUAAUAAACUAUUAAAAUCGCAUUGGAUUACCUCUAAUGCUAUCGUACUUAAGGUCAAUGCACCGCAAAUUCAGCGCGGUCCUCAUAACAGAAAUGUGAGUCAACGGUUAUCAUUUCAACCGUACCAGCUACCAAGGAGGUUGAGUUUCUCUAAGAACCAAUUUUGUUGUAACUUCACUAGAUGA